GGUUGAUUUUCUCUCUGUCAUCAUUUCCAUCUGCCAUGUUUUGGAUUCCUGAUUCAAGAAAGGGACUUCACCUGAUCUUUCCCAGACCCCCGAGCUUUCUCAAUCGAAAUUGGAUGGAUGCCAGUGCCAUGGCCAUGUUAGGACCUGCACCCGGACUCACAUGAAUCGGAUGCAGGGCAAUGCUUGCUCCCCUGUUAGACCCGUGAUCCAGGGGGUCAAAAUGUGCCUUUUAGCGAGUGAUGUAUUGACCCUUUUCAAAUUUUUGUCUUUGCCUCACAGAUCUUGCACAGCCCGAAGAAGGGUGGGAAAAAUUGGAUGCAUAAUAUGUUUUUUUGCAUUGGUGGGUCGCAGGAAGCUACAGGCCUAGGUUGAUGCAGCCCUUGCCGUGAAGAUUAGGCAAAAAUGCAAUGACACAGCAAAAAUCCAUCAUUUGGUGUUGCUUUUGAUAGAUUCUUGAUGAAUAGAGAAAGUCACGAACGCAACUGUAGACAAUCAAGUUGUAGCGUCAUGGUGGACCUUUAAUCAUGGUUCAAAUCCUCCCUUGGUCUGCCUCAUCCUCCAACUUUUUGAUAAAAUGUCUGUGAGCCCAAUGAUAUGGAGGAGACAGGGAAUGAGGUCGAAAGCAUCCACUUUGACCCUUUUCUAGUGUCAGCACGACCUUUCCAAUGUGAUAGUUUUCGUGUAGACCGGGCGUAAUUCGGCGUGUCGCACGAGUAAAUCCGUCAAAUGUUAGGCCAUUGUCCGUUGAAUAUAGCUGGUGUUAGAAGCGCAAAUUCGAAAAAGCGUUGGACUAUCUAAGGGCGACCCAGAAGAGUUGUUCAUCAAGACUGUUGAACCUGAUGAAAAGAAAAAAGUGCUCAUGCCUUUGCCUAUGAUUGGAAAUCUGAGAUUUGGGGCUGGGGCUCCUGUGGAGCAAAAGAAAUUCAAAGCAGGACCCACGGCCAUCAACUAACCAAAGACGGUGGACCUCUCUUGAGGCCUUGAGAGCGGCAUAAUAAAAUCCAUGCCAUUCAUGCUUCUUUCUCCUGGGAAGAAAGGCAGGUACUCUUCAACUCUGUCUUCUUGUUUUUUGAGUUUUUGAGCUCUCUUGCUCUUCCCAUGCCCAUCUUUCUCGUCCAAACAACGAAAUGAAUUCGUGAAGUUAGUCGCUUUUUUGCCACAAGGUCUCCAUAUCGAGACCACUUAGCUUUUAACAAGUUGUGGUUUGAUAUGAUGUCGCGUUAUGUAGCAUGCACUGCCGAUGAUGUUGCGAUUGGUAGAUAUGUCCAGAGAGAGAUUUUUCGCUUCUGUGCUGAAUAGAGUGGUCAGUCUUCCAAGUUUGAGAGCUAAAAGAUGUCUAGGAUUGUGUAUGAGAGGAAGCAACAAGAUGGAAGCUUGACGUAUGCUCUUCCUCAGUCGCCUCUCACUUCAUCGUCAAGUCCUUACGUCAUGAACUAUGGCACAGAAUCUACUUCUCCGGGAGCAUCUUCCUCUCGAAUUAGCCCCGCACUACUCCUGUUCAUAGUAAUUCUAGCUGCUGUCGUCUUCAUUUCCGGUCUGCUUCAUCUGCUCAUCAGAUUCCUCAUGAGGAGGCCAUCCACAUCCAUCUAUGACUCCAAUAGGUCCACUGAGAGCUCGGACUCUCAUGCCCUUCAGAGGCAGCUUCAGCAGCUCUUCCGUUUGCACGAUUGCGGCCUUGAACAAGCUCUGGUAGAUGCUUUGCCCGUUUUCUACUACAAAGAGAUCAUCGGUUUGAAGGAACCAUUUGAUUGUGCUGUUUGUUUGUGUGAAUUCUCCCACAAUGACAAGCUCAGGUUGCUUCCCACGUGCAGCCAUGCUUUUCAUAUAAGUUGCAUCGACACAUGGCUUCUUUCCAAUUCAACAUGCCCGCUUUGUCGAGGGUCUCUCGUGAACACGGAUCUCUUGGCUGGCCGGCGAGCACUCAACGUAGAUGAUUCUUGGAGAUUGCCCAGUGCAUUUCCCAUUGAUGUGGAGAAUUCAGUUCAUUGUGGUCCAAAACUAGCUAUAGAUGAAGAAAUGGGCAGCCAAAAGAGGGUCUUUUCUGUGAGGCUUGGUAAGUUUAGGAGCUUAAACGAGGACGAAGAUAGCGGAGAGAUAAAAGAAGAGACUAGUAGUUGCUGUUUGGACUCGAGAAGAUGCUAUUCAAUGGGUUCAUAUCAGUAUGUGGAGGGCGAUAUGGAUCUGCAAGUUGCUUUAUCCACUCCUUGCGCGCACAACAAGAGGGUUGUUUCGAAGAAUGGAAAUGUGAGAGCGCGGCAAUAUCGGAUCUCUCCCGGGGAUGAGGAGGGGAAGAAGAUUAGCGGGAGGUCAAGAGGAGAAAGCUUCUCUGUUUCCAAAAUCUGGCUUUGGUCUAAGAACGGCACAGGCCCGAGUUUUCCAAAUGCUCAUGUUGUUGUCACCCGUCAACCGGCGGGAGCACCGAAGGAUGGUAAAAUCCAGGAAGUUUGAGAUUCUUGUUUCCAGAUCUAAUUUACAUAGAUUACUGCAGACCCCAACAGUUUCAUGUUUCUUCCUAGCUAUCUCGAAAUUGAUCCGAAAUGUCCUUUCUAGGAACCAUUUGCCUAGGUGCUGGAAUGAGAGAUUUUUCGGUGACUUCUUUAGUUCACACAGUAGCAAUCAGGUAGUUUUACAAUAUCUAUCUUCUUGUUAUCUGUAAUUCCCGCAAAUUUCGCGACAAAUUCAAGAAUCCAUGAAGAUGCUUGAACUUCCCUU